UAUUAAUGUAGUUUUCAUACACUAAUCUACCGUGGUUGAUUUAUCUGGUCUUAAUAUAUACAAUGUCUUGUCUUAACAUUUCUAUUGGAGGACGAUGAUCACGUGACUUAAAAAUCUGGGCUCUGAUUGUACGAACUAGAUGUCAAUCAAAUAUCCAACGCUGGCAACAGAGGAAGUCAGUAAUGGGGAAGUAAACAUUUUGUUCUUGUUUCUUGUUAUCUUCAGAAAAUGUAAUGUUGCAAUCAGUUCAAAAAGACAACAUUAUUUCUGGAGGAGACGGGAAUGACGCAAAAAUAAUGCAGAAGUUUAGCCUUAUGUGAGUGCAUGGGCGCUGACAGUUAUUAUGUAACUUUGAAAAGUAUAUUUUGGCAGCUGCUUGUCUAUGGGUUGAAGGCACAUGUGUUUAAAUGUAACACUGAGUAGCAAAGCGGCGCGUCAAAAUGCUGAACAAAUCUGACGGACGUCAGUACAGCGCUCUGGAGGUCGCGCUGCUACCCGACGGCCAGUUUUCUCGGAAUGUCCGUGACACGGUUAAGGCUGAGAUGGCCAGGAGGUCCUCCCUGCUGUGCUGCCUGACCGCCGGCGGCCGCAUAGUCCUGGCCGAUGUAUCAGAGAGCAACCCCCCCGAGACGAAGAUCGACGGCACACACACGGACUUUGUGUGGGAGUCAGAGCCUCCUCAAGUGCUUGGGCAAGCCAGCCACCGGCUGCUAACGGUGGGUCCCAAGAAUGAGCUCUGGCUUUAUGUGAUGGGGCUACAGGGCACGGAGCUCGAGCCCCCUGUCUGCGCAGCCGGCUGCUCCGCGGGUGCCUUACUGCAGGUCGCCAAGGAGACGGACCAGAGGAUCUCUGAGCUGCUCAGCCUGAGGGUGCUCUCUUUCACGGAGGGACGCUGCUGUGUGUUGGUGAAUGGCGCCGUCCUCCUGCAGCUGUUGUGGCCAGACGGGGCCCCAGAGCCCGAGAAGGUCCCCGGCUGCAUCUUAGCACUGCCUGCAGAAGCCCUGGACCGAAGCGUGGACUUCCAGAUGUGCAGAGGGGUCCUCUUCAUUCUGGCUGACGCGGGACAGCUGUAUGUGCUCUGCUGUGCCAGCGGUGCCCUGCUCGCCAGCGUGGACCUCACUCUGUGCCAGGCAGGUGGGGGCUCGGGGGAGGCAGACCCGGCCCAGGAUGCCCCCUCGUUCCGCCUCUUCCGGGUGUCGCAGGAUCUGAGCACCCUGGUGGUGGCUUGUGCCGACUGCGCCUGGGCCAUCGAUCUGAGUGACUAUUUUAGUCCGUCCCGUUGCAGGUCACACCCUGAACACCUGCUGCACCGCGCCCCUCCCACCCACCUCCCACUUCAGGCCUUGGGGGCGCUUGACCAGGACGGACUCUCCAGUGCCCAGCACAGUGUCGCCGCCCUGGGGGUUUCCCUUCGUAUAGACCGCUCCUGGGAGGCUCAGCUGGCGAUUCUAUACAACAAGGCUCGUACCCCAGGGGCCCCGCCCCAGAAAACAAAGCACCCCUGGUUCAAAGACAUCCUCCACGUGGAGUGCCAGCAAGCGGCCGUGGGAGCUGGGCUGUUUCGCAGUGCCGCUCCAGCCGGAGGCGCCACUGUGCAGUUUGAGCUGGAGGAUGGGGCAGCCCCCGUUGCGCUGGCCGUGACAGAGUUCUCGGCUGUCGUGACCUUCACGACCCCUGACGGCCACGGGUCGGCCGUCGCCUUCUGGGACCCGGAGAGCCAGAGGGUGUCCUACUGUCGGCCCUCGGGCUGGUUCGUGCCAGUCAGGCAGGGCGCCGGGGAACAUGCCAGCCUGCUUCUCAAAGACAGCGGCCUGUCCCUGCUCCUCUUCGGAGUCUCUCAGGAGGAGCUGCUCAAUAGGCUGAUGGUGUUUGGCAGUGCUGGGACGGCGGACUCCCUCUGUCAUCUCAACGCCUGGGACCGCUGCUCCAUCCCCAUCCAUGCCCUGCAGGCUGGUCUGAAGAAUCAUCAGCUGGACACCGUGGACUUCUUCCUGAAGAGCAAGGAGAACUUCCUGUGUCCACGCGUGGGAUUCGGCCUCCCAGAGCAUCCAGCCACCGUCUCCACCCUGAACCAGCUGAAGAAUGUGCAGGCUCUGUGUCCUGCUUUGGACCUUCUCAGCUCAGCCAUCAGGGACACCCACUCUGAGUCCCAGAGCAAGCAGUUUUCGGAGCAACUGCUGAACAUCACGCUGACGUUCCUUAACACGCGUGUGCAGGAGAUCCUGUCUGACUCAGAAGAACCAGACGAGAACCUGCAGCAGUGCCUGGUGAUUCUCAACAAGUACAUCUGUGACCUUCGUGUCUUCAUGAAGAGGUUCCCCUGGCCUGUAGGGGGUGCCGGUCCACAGGAACCUGCUAUACAGGAAGUUGACGCUGGACCGGCUGUGGUUCCUGACUCUGGGCCUGAGCAGAUCUGGCAUUCCCUGUCCACAGAGGAGGUGGUCCUGCAGGCCGUGAUGGCCAACGAGAUCCCACGCGCCCAGGCGUACCUGAAGACCCGCAACUGUGCCGAGCAGAACCUCUCAGAGCUCAGGGCCACGGGGCUGCAGCUGGCCUUCCAGUGCUUGGAGCGGCGGGAUCUGGACCAGGCCAAAUGUCUGCUGCGUAACAUGGGCUUCAGUGUCAAAGAACAGCUCCGGAAGGUCUGCCUUCACACUGACGAUGUAGAGCUGAGGGACUUCGUGGUGGAAGAGUUACGGAGGCUGAACUUUCUGUCGGAUGAGGAGGAAGGGGUGGUGCAUUUCAUCAAACAGCUGGAAGGCCUGCGUUUGAUGCCUGCGACGCGUUACAGAAGCUCUGUGAGGAAAAGCACUCUCCAGAUGGAGCAGAUCAGCCCAGAGUCCAGGCGGCUGCUGGAGGCGUUGGGCGUGGCGCCGGGUCCACGGGCCUCCCAGGCUAUGUGGACCUCUGUCAGGAUGGACUGGGUGAGGCACUGGGACCAGAACACGCGGAGAUCCAUCCUGAUGUCACGAGUGCAGGACCACGCCCUGAGGUCCUGCGACCCUGCGGUGCUGUGGCUCUACCUGACCUCCCUCCACGACCGGGAACGGAUCACGCGCUGGCUGGAGCGCCUCCCAGAGGCGGACGAGUGGCCGGCGCUCACCGCUGACAUUGUGAACGAGCACACGGCCUGCUGCGGGUACCUGCGGGACGAGGUGCUGGACAUGCUGGCCAGGAAGGGAAUCUUCACCCAGGCUGAGCUGUUGGACUUUGAGCAGCUGCUGUGGCGCCUCGGCCAGGCAGGCGGCGUGAUGCAGGACCGCUCCCCUGUGCCACACUUCCGCUCCCCCCAGGGCCUUGACUUCCAUGCUUGCUUCAUCAGGCACUGCCUGGAGAACGGCCUGAGAUACCUGCUGUACAGCUACACGCAGCAUUACCGCUUGACUCCAGAAAACUGUGCAGCCCUGGCAGACACCAGCCUGCAUGAGAGCUACCCCUGGUUUGAGAUGAUGGUGAAGGUGCAGGAGAUCACCAGGAACCUGAACGAGCCCGAGGCCGUGUUCCAGGCCAGCCUGACCAACGCGCAGAUCCUGACCCCGGGCAGCCCGGCUAGCGUCAGCAGCAUGCUGCUGGAGGGCCACAGCCUCCUCGCACUCUCCACCAUCAUGUUUGCCCCUGGGGGCAUUGACCAGGUGGUGAGCGCAGGGCGGGGCUCAGGUGACUCCCCAGGGAAGGUAGACCUCCAGCUCCUGAAGAUGGCUCUGACCCCGUACCCUAAGCUGAAGUCAGCCCUGUUCCCCCCCAGCGGCCUGCGGGGAACACCCCCAUCUGACAUCACUCUGUACCAGCUCAUGCAGUCCCUGCACCCCUUGGAUCCUUCCAGACUGUUCCAUUGGCAGUCAGCCAACACGUUAGGCAACGGCGAUGCCUUGGAGCUGCCACACUUCUCCAGCCCACAGCUGGUGGCCCAGCAUGCCCUGGUGGAGCGCCUGGACUUCCUGUACUAUCUACGGCAUGGGCGGCCGGCCUCUGCGUUCGGCACCUUCCUGCUGCAGCAGCUCGCCGCUUCCAGUGACCCCCAGCUGCAGGUGGCCCUCGGCGCACAGCAGGCCUACGCCCUGGCCCUGCGCCAUUUCCACGCACCGCCCGUCGCCUCGGCCUGCGCCUGCUUCUGCGAGAUGCUGGGCGUCGGCAGCUUGAAGCUGCGUGUGGAUGUGGCCGCGCUCAGCCUGGUGCUGCGGAGCCAGAGCCAGGGCCAGGAGGAGGCAAGCGGGGCCCUCAGGGACUCACUAGGUGAGGGCCAGGAGGAGGCAAGCGGGGCCCUCAGGGACUCACUAGUGGACAGAGCCAGUGGUCUGCAGGAGCGUGAGGGGGAGUCGGCGCAACAGCUGCUGGUUCACCUGGAGGCUGCAGUGAGGGACAGUGUGGAGAGGAAGAGCCUUGGGAGGUCGUCGUAUGAGGCUGGGAAAGAAUGGGCCCUGGCAGUCCAGUUCUGCCAGCUGCACCACCUUCCGCUGACCCCCGCCUACCUGAGUGACUGUGCUGCUGACGCCCAGUGGCUAAAUUUUCUGGUCUUCAUACAGCUUCACAGCUACCCCCCCCAGCAGGCUCGCGCACUGGUGGCCCAGUUUGACCCCACCCUGCAGGCCCACCUCUCACUGGCCUUCCAGCGCCUGCAGCCGGAGCAGGAUGACUGCCUGGGAGGGGCGGAGCCUGAGCCCCCUGCCGAGUGCCCCCCCGAGCUCUUCCAGGUGCUGCUACGUAGCCGAGAGCAGCGCAGCCCCUGGCGCCACCUGCUGUCUGAGGGACUACGGCUGCACUGCCCCCUUCUGGCGGUGCUGGCGGCCUGUCACAAGGAUGCUGACUUGAUCCACAGCCUGUGCGUGUGGAUCCUGACCUCCGUGGAUGAUGGCAUCACCCUCGAAGCCACCGCUCACCUCCGAGAGAGCGUCAGGCACCACAGCUGGGGCCUCCACGACCUUUCCAUCAUCUGGAGGACCCUGCUGCGGAACCGCAAGGUCCGGCCCCUCAUCCGCGGCUUCCAGCUUUUCCAGAAGGACUGUCCCCUGGGCCACAUGCUGCAGAUGUAUGAGAUGUGCUGUGACUACAAGAACUACCAGGUGGCCAAGCAGAAGCUCCUGGAGUUCCAGAAAUGCCUCAUGAACCUGAAGGGAAGCUGCACUCAGCCCUCUGGCAGCAUCCCCACGCAGUGGUCCGAGAGCCAGGCCUCCGUGCUGCUGCUCUCCAUGCUGCAGCAGAGCUCCAUGCGCUAUGAGCUGCACCAGCUGCUCCGCCUGCUGGCCGACGUCGACCACCUGCUCAAGUCCAACGGUCCGGACUUUAAGAAGCUCAGUCUCCUCAGUGACAUCCUGUUGGACACACCUGUGCCCCUCAGCCAGACACUGCUGGAGGACUAUUCCCCCGAUGCCCUGCAGGGGGAGUGCCUGCGCUUGGUGGAGCAGCUGCAGGCACACGGGCUCUUCUCGCAGGCCAGGAGGGUGUCUGAGCUGGCCGACUUGCCCAUCGACAGCCUGCUCGUCAGUGAGCUGCAGCAGGAACUGCAGAACCUGAAGACGAAACGACAGUGGUCCAGAAAGGAGACGAGGAUCGCCUUCUGGAGGAGGUGCCACGAGCAGUUCAGCAGCAACACCAUGGGGGAGCAGGUGGCCUCCGCCUUCUUCCAGGACCAGGCCCGGCCCUCGGAGCCAGCACCGCAGAGUCCGGCGGAAGAGGAGCUGCACUGCGUUCAAGAGAGGCUGCUGCUCCUGGCCCUGGCAGGUCACUGGCUAUGCCGGCUGGAGCCCGCGCCCUUGGAGGAGCUGCAGGCAUUGGAGAGGCAGAUGUGGGAGUGUCGUGUACGGCAGCAGGAGUUGGUUACCGCCAUGGAGCAGGAGAGCCUGUUCGCGCUGCCUGUCGUGGCUGCAGGCGAUGGCUCCUUUGAAGAUGUCAUGAAGGAGUUCUCCUUCUCCAAGGCAACGGCCCUGAACCGGCCUGAGAACCUUGAUCCUGAGGGCCUGCCCGCGGCCGAGAGCCCGGGGCCCCGCCUGGGGCCAGAGGGACGGGCCGCUUUGGCUGCACUGGUGGGUCGGCUUCUGGAUGAGGGCAGCAUCAACGAGGCGAGCCGCGUGUGCCGCUACUUUGGCUACUACCAGCAUGACGUGGCCUUGGUGUUGCGAUGCCGUUGCCUCGCCAGCGGGGAGGGCCCGCCUCUCCAGGAGCUGCCUCCCACAGCUGAUUCCCCGGAUGCCAACGGCGACCCCAAGAGGAGCUUCGCCAGCUCAUCCAGUUUCAGUAGCCUGUGCUCCUUCGUGGUCGUGUCCCAGCCUGAGGACCACAUCUCCAUGCAGCUCCAGAAGAUCGCCGACGAAUGCCUCCAUGGAAAGAGCUACUGCAAGCAAGUCCUCAGCCUCUACGAGCUAUCCAAGGAGCUGAAGGUCCCCUACAGCCAGAUAUCGGCCGAGGAGCCGCAGUCGGUGCUCUGCAAGGUCCUUCUGUCCCAGCAGCCGGACCGCUAUAAGAAGGCGCAGGCCUUCAUUGCCGUGCAGAGCCUGGGAGCUGAGGUGGUGGCAGAGCUGGUCUCCAAGGCCGUCAUUCAGGGUCUGCUGGCCUCGGAGGAGGUCGGAAGCGGAGAGAAGCAGAUCUACAGCCCCACUGAGGGAAGGGAGGCCUUCCUGCAGCUGGCCAGGCUGUGUGGAGACCCCAACCUCGUGGGCACCAUGCUGCUGGACCACAUCCCCUCCAUGCCACUGGUGGAGCUGGCGUGCACUGUGGAGUUGCUCAUCCUUGCGCACGACUGCUUCAGCAUCACCUGUAACAUGGAAGGUAUCGUGCGAGUCCUCCAGGCUGCCCGGCACCUUAGCCACGCCCACCUGGCCCACAGCGACCGCUACAGCCUGCUGGUUCGCCUCCUGACCGGCAUCGGAAGGUACAACGAGAUGACCUACAUCUUCGACCUGCUGAACCAGAGCCACCGCUUCGAAAUGCUGCUCAGGAAGAAGGAGGAGUCAAACAGCAUGCUGAAGACGGCCCUGCUGGAUUACCUGCGGCGCUGCCUGCCUGGGGACAGUGAGAAGCACAACAUGGUGGCUCUCUGCUUCAGCAUGCGGCGGGAGAUCGGGGAGAACCACGAGGCGGCCGCCCGCACGCAGCUCAAACUCAUCGAGUCCCAGCCCUGGGCGGUGACCCCGGAGCUUAAGAGUGCCCUGGUGAAGGUGCUGACUCUCCUGAAGGACGCAGCUGAGAGCUACUCCAAGGACUCGUGUGUGCGCCAGGGCGUCCGAUGUGUGAAGCUGGCCAAGCUGGUGACGCUGCAGCUGCACAUUCUGAAUCAGGGCCAAGAGCAGCAGGUCAUCAACCUGCGGACCUCCGAGCUGCCGGGUGCCAUUGCUGCUCUACCCCGCUGCUACCAGGCCUUUGUACUUGCUGAGGCCUAUGACUUCGCUCCAGACUGGGCUGAGGUUCUGUACCAGAAGGUUGUGCGCAAGGGAGACUUUGCCUACCUGGAAGAGUUCAAGCGCCACCAGCAGCUGCAGGCCAGUCUCUUUGAGGAGAUAUCUAAGAAGGUCUCCCAUUCCAAGUCUCCAACUGAGGUCAGCCAGAACCUGAAGAAGCUGCUGGAGCACUGUGAGGACAUCUACACCUACUACAAGUUGGCCUACGAGCACAAGUUCUUCGAUGUGGCCAAUUUGCUGCUCCAGAAGUCCAACACUAGCAGCUACUUGAAUGACCGCUUGGCCAGCUGACCAUAUCGGGAGCAGUCACAUGACCAGAGAAACCUUCACAAAGUCCUGCUGAUCAUUCAUGGAGAAACCAUGUUAGAUUACUGUACAGACUCUGAUUUGUAACCAUUACAGAAUAAAUCCGCCAUAAUUUGCCUUA